GGGCUGGCGGGUGUGGGCACAGCUGAAAUCCUGUCUCAGGGGGGCAGCGGCUGGUGCUGGGGGGUCCGUGCUUCCCGUGCGCCUGGGGCAGGUUGGUGGCGGUGAAGAGGAGCCGCAGCCCACUGGCAGGAGCACGGCUUUGUCCUCAGCAGCCACCGGUGCAGGCAGCUCUGAGCCGUGGUGGGGAUGCUCUCCAGGAGAAUGGGUCUGGCCUGUGGUCCUCCCACGCGCUGUGGGGAACCAGUGCUAAAAAUGCAACUCUUCCGCUCAAAAGAAGGUGUUCCUGGAUGCGACUGAGUGGUUAGUAAUUACACUUUAUUUGGAUAAAGCUUGAAUUUCAAGUUUGCAUGGAAGGGUGUGUAGGAAGGGCACCUCUUCAAAGGAGGGGCGUUCCCCUGGCCAAGUGGGAGACUUGAAGGACAUGUAAAUCAGCAACCAGGCACCAUUCCGUGACCAUCUGCACUCAUCCUACCUGACCCUUGAGGCAGAAUGGUGGGCACUCAUCGGAGAGCAAAGGCUGCAGCUCCAGCUGGGGGAUCUGCACCAUCUACCCCAGCGGUGGCUGAUGUCUCCACCCAGACGGAGCUGCUGAAGGGAGAGGCUGCUGUGCAGACCUCAGACUGCAGGAAUUGCCUCGACCUUUCUCCUGGGGCAGGAAUAGGCGGCACAACCGCCUCCAAAAAGUGUGCCCAGGUAGAGGAACUACUGCAGCAGGUGGCUGAGCUGCAGGAGCGGGUGAGGAGGCUGCGUGGCUGAGGAGGAGUUAGAUAGCUGGUUCCCAGUGUACCCUGCAGUGGACCAGUUGAAUCUGGUGAGUCAACAAAUGGUUACAGGACUGGUGCCACUGCCAGGGGUUCGGCUGCUUAGACCAUGGGACUCGCUUUGAGAAAUCAGGGCUACUGGGGGCUGAUGGGGUCCGUCUGUCAGAGAAGGGGAAGAGCAUCUUUGGUCCAAGGCUUGACAAGCUCAUGAAGAGGGCUUUAAACUAAAGUUACCAGUGGAGGGGAAGCUCAGUCCCUCCCAGUCCUACCUGUUUGAUGCCAGUGCCAGCAAGAAAUGCCCAGAGCCUGAAGAAGGAUCGCAGGUCAGCAGAACACCUGGAGUGUAGCACAAAGGAAUUCCAGCCAGUAAAGUCAGCUUCAUCGGGGUCCGAUUUAAGUGCCUCUAUGCAAACAGAUAUAACAUGGGGAAUAAACAGGAGGAAUUAGAGACAUGGGCAUGCCUGCAGGGCUGUGAUCUUAUUGGCAGCACGGAGAUGUGGUGGGAUGGCUCCUAUGACUGGAGUGUUGGAAUGGAAGGAUACAGACCCUUCAGGAAGAACAGACAGGGGAGAUGAGGAGGGAUUGUUGCCCUGUGUGUCCAUGACCAGCCGGAGUGCCUGGAGCUCUGCCUGGGGAUGGAUGAGGAGCCAGCUGAGAGCUUAUGGGUCAGGACUAAAGGGAGGGCAGGAACAGGUGACGUUAUAGUGGGGCUCUGCUACAGGCCAUCCGACCAGAAGACUGAGCGGAUGGGCCCUCUACAGACAGAUAGGAGCAGCCUGAUGUUCACAAGCCCUGGUCCUCAUGGGGGACUUCAACCACCCUGGUAUCUGUUGGAGGGUCAACACAGCAGGGCAUAAGCAAUCCAAGAGGUUCCUGGAAUUUGUUGAUGAUAACUUCUCCAAGUGAUAAAGGAGCCAACGAGGAGAGGUGCCACACUGGGUCUUGUUCUUACCAACAAGGAGGGGCUGGUGUGGAAUGUGAAGCCCAAGGGCAGCCUUGGUUGCAGUGACCAUGAGACUGUGGAGUUCAAGAUCCUUAGGGCAGUGAGGAGGGCACACAGCAAGCUCACUACCCUGGACUUCAGGGCAGCAAAAUUUCACCUGUUUAGGGAUCUGCUUGGUAGAGUACCAUGGGGUAAGGCCCUUCCAAGCCAAACCAUUCUAUGAUGAUCUUUUUCCCCAAGGCUGAUCUUUUAAGGCUAAUAUUCUGUAUGCUGGCUUGCGUGUUGGGGCAAAAGAAUGGUGCAGGUAACAGUCAAGGGAAUGUCUUUCCCAGUAAAACCAGGGAGUAAUUCAUCCAGGGAGCCUGUUGGCCGCUGGCACAGCGAACCAACCCACAGUUCCUGACCUUUGCCUUCCUUGACAGGUGACUGAUGCAACGGCUGCAGAGGCUGGAAGUCGCUGCAGAGGCUGGAAGUCAAACCAGAGGCUGCUAAAUCUUCAUGUCGCUUUUACUCUGCCCAGAGGCAAGGCUGUGUGUCAGGAGCGUGGGUGCAGAGCGUUUGCGCUUUGGGGUGCUCAGUUCCCCGGGAGCGUGGUGGGACAAGCCUUCCUGCAGGCACCGAGGGGAGCUGGAUGGGGCUCGGAGCUGUGCCGAGGAGAGCAGUUUUCCCUUUGUCAGGCGGUGGUUUCUGUCCAUGAACAAUGGAGGUGAGGAGAACUAAAUGCCGAGCAAAGCCACCUGCGUCUCCAGGGCAGCAGGACGAGCUUCUGACCUCGCACUGCUCAAGGGAUGAGGAAGAUGAGGAAAACGUCUAUGGCUUCUUCUGUCGGAGGAGCAGCGAGCGCAGUGCCGAGGAUGAGCCUGACUACGCAUCGAUAGAUGACGACUCCUCGCCUUCCCUGGGUGGAUCUUUCCCCAGGGGAAUCUGGGGGCAGCAGCCAGGAUUUACCAGCCUCAAGGAGGAUCGUGCAGGGCACGGAGGGGAUGCUACAGGCCAGGAUAAAACUUUUGGCAGUGGUGAAGGGUUGAUCUUUAAUGAACUUUCUCUGCCAAAGCACGGACAUGUGCUUGAGCAUGGUGAAACAGAUCCAGUGCGGCUGCUUGAGCUGCUCUGGGCAGACCUGGGGAGACACCGCGACAUCCCAGACUGGGUGGAAGAUGAAGUUAAUGCCUUCUCUCUUUCUCCUGGGGAAACGAAGACAUAUCCUGGCUGGCUGUGUUUCACAUUGCUAGAAGAUAAAAAAGAUGCAGAAAUCGAAGCCAAGAAAGCUUGCGACUGGCUGCGGGCGGCGGGAUUCCCUCAGUAUGCCCAGCUUUACGAAGACUCGUUGUUCCCUCUCGACAUCGGUGCUGUGAAGAAGGACCACAGCUUCCUGGACCAGGACUCCCUCAAAUCCCUGUGCAGGAGGCUGAUGACCCUGAACACAUGUGCCUCCAUGAAGCUGGAAGUCCACUUUCAGCGUAAACAGAAUGAAGACUCCGAGGAGGAAGACCUGUGUGCCAUCAGCGACCGGUGGGCUUUUCAGAGGGACAGCAAGAGGUGGUCGCGUGUGGGGUCGGUCGACGUCCUGUCCCAGGGCUCCGAGGUCCUGAGCUCCACCAUGCGCCUGGCGUCCAGCCGCGAGAGCGUCCUCACGGACCUCAGCACCAACGCAGAGGCCGUGUCCCUGCACAGCAGCGGCAGCGCCGGCAGCACGGGCGGCACGCUGGGCAUCGGGGCCGCGCCGCCUGGCUCCCCGUCCCCCAUCCACGCUGCCACCGCCAUCGCCACCUCCAGCCGCAGCUUGAGCGAGCGCUCCUUGCCGGAACAGCCCUCGAGCUGUGACGAGGGCUCCAAGGAGAAGCCAAAGAAACGACGGUCUCGCAGCUUCUUGAAGAGGAUCGAGUCCCUCCGAAGGAAGGACAAAGAGAAAGCCGACCCGGACGAGAAGGUGGCCCCAUGUGGCAGCCUUAUGGCCACACCAGGAUGGGACUCCCUGAAAACUAAUGGGGACCUUGCAGCCACCAAGGGCAACUCCCCUAAAAGAGGGAUAUCUGCCUCUUUCCAUGGCAAAAAACACUUCUUCUCGGUAUCGUACAGGACUAACCGCUUGCUAGGCUCAGGCAGGAGCAAGGUGAGCUCUGCCUCGAAACGCAGCGGAGUCUACCUGGAGGACUACAAAACUGAUGUGACAGCCAGCGGCAACUGGGCUGCUGGAGACUCCCAGCACCGGCAGACGCGCCGGGGGGACUGCUUGGUCUACAUCCCCCGGGACCACAAGCCAGGCACCUUCCCCAAAUCCCUCUCCAUCGAGAGCUUGUGUCCCUUGGGCGGCAGCUCCCUGACCCACUGGAAAUCAGGGAAUGUGCCCGUCGGGCUGGUGGGAGGUGGCGGGGGCGGCAGCAGCAGCAGCGUGGAGGGCUCGUCGUCCCCACGGGGCUUCGCCUGCCGCCGGCGGCGGGGCUCCUGCAGCUCCCUGGGCAGCCGGGUCAGCGUGUACGACAACGUGCCGGAGUUCGGCAGCAGCGAGGAUUUCUGCAAGGAGGACGGGGAGGUGACCUACGAGAACCUCGACGACAUACUGCAGCACAUGUGGGGGCUGCAGCAGAAGGUGGAGCUCUGGUAUAAAGCCAUCUCCCCUGACCUGGCUGGGGAGGAGAGGGGUGAGGAGGAGGAGGAGGAGGAGGAGUCGUCGGAGGAGUCGGACUCGGGAGGGGAACCCUCCAACCUGCACUUCGAAGAGCGAUCCAUGUCGGACGUCGGCACCUCUGCCAGUGACUUUGACAGCACGGGCAACUCCCUCAACGAGGCCGAGGAGAUUGAGAUGCGGGAGCGACGGGACUCGGGGGUGGGAGCAUCGCUCACCAGGCCCUGCAGAAAGCUGCGCUGGCACAGUUUCCAGAACUCGCACCGGCCCAGCCUAAACUCUGCCUCCCUGGAGAUCAACCGCCAGUCCUCUGCCCAGCUCAACCUGCUCCAGAAGUGCUCCCUGCUCCGUCUCACGGCCAUCAUGGAGAAGUACUCCGUGCCCCACAAGCAAGCCUGGACGUGGACCGUGCCCAAGUUCAUGAAGCGGAGUAAAGUCCCCGACUACAGGGACAAGGUGGUCUUCGGGGUGCCGCCCAUCAUCAACGUGCAGCGGACGGGGCAGCCCCUGCCCCAGAGCAUCCAGCAGGCAAUGCGCUACAUCCGCAGCCAGUGCCUGGACCAGGUUGGCAUUUUCCGAAAGUCAGGGGUGAAGUCCCGGAUUCAGGCGCUCCGGCACAUGAACGAAACCAGCCCUGACAACGUCAACUACGACGGGCAGUCGGCGUACGACGUGGCUGACCUGCUGAAGCAGUAUUUCCGUGACCUGCCGGAGCCCAUCUUCACCAGCAAGCUGACGGACACCUUCCUGCAGAUAUACCAGUUCGUGUCGAAGGAGCAGCGGCUGCAGGCGGUGCAGGCGGCCGUUAUCCUCAUGCCGGAUGAGAACCGGGAAGUGCUGCAGACCCUGCUCUACUUCUUGAGCGACAUCGCCUCCGCGGAGGAGAACCAGAUGACCGCCGGGAACCUGGCUGUGUGCCUGGCCCCCUCCAUCUUCCACCUCAAUGUGUCCAAGAAGGAAAGCACCUCACCAAGGGUGAUACAUAAGAGGGGCACCAUGGGGAAGCCCGACCAGAAGGACCUCAAUGAGAACAUGGCUGCAACGCAGGGGCUCUCCCACAUGAUCACCGACUGCAAGAAGCUCUUCCAGGUAUCCCAUGACAUCUUGCUCCAGCUGAGCAGCUCGUAUAUGGCAGCAGAUGCUUACCCCCAUCCCCUGGCUGACUUCAUGUGUCAAGGGGAAAGCAAGGAUUUACACUCCUACUUCGAGCAGAGCGUCCAGAACCUGCUCAAAGAGUCGUCGGAGAAAUUCAAGGGGUGGCUGAGCACCCCAGGGCCCCUGAACACAGAGCUCUCCUGCAAAAAGGUUGGGGAUGGGCACCCUCUGCGCUUGUGGAAGGUCUCCACGGACAUCGAGGCCCCUCCCGCCACGGUGCUGCACCGGGUGCUUCGGGAGCGUCAUCUCUGGGAUGAGGACCUGCUGCAGAGCAAAGUAGUGGAGGCCCUGGACAAGAACAUGGAGGUCUACCACUACGUCACGGACAGCAUGGCACCCCACCCGCGCAGGGACUGCGUGGUGCUCCGGCGCUGGCACACGGACCUGCCGCGGGGAGCCUGCCUGCUCAUCUCCAUCUCGGUGGAGCACGACAAGCUGCCGGUGGAGGGAGGCGUCAAAGCCAUCGUGCUGACCUCCCAGUACCUCAUCGAGCCCAGCGCCAUGGGCCGCUCCAAAGUGACCCACAUCUGCAGAGCUGACCUCAGGGGCCGGUCUCCUGAGUGGUACAACAAGGUCUUUGGCCACCUCUGCGCCAUGGAGCUGGCGAGGAUCCGAGACUCUUUCCCAGCCCUGAGUCCCAACGGCCCCGAGACGAAGAUCUGAGGCUCCAGGAAGAUGCUUUGUCCUGUCAGACAUGGACUUGCCGGUGGAUCGGGGCUGGGGCUCUUGGAGGGGAGUGCCAUGCAGGCAGCUGGCCGCGGAGGGGGAGGCAGAGGCUGGCACGCUCGCGAGCACAUAUUUAUAAGUGUCCUUUUACCCUGGGCUGGUCAUUCCUCAUCCCACCGCCUGCUGCUGCUUCGGCCACCCCUUGCUCAAGCGCUCCGUGCAGCAGGUUGUCCACGGAGGCGAAGCCGUGCAGCCCGUGGUCCCCGCAGGAGGGGUUGGUGAGCAGCGGGAAGGAGAGGGGCUGUGGGGGUGACAACCCCCCCGCCAUCCCCCGGGAAGGCAGCCUGCGGGCAGGGCUGGGAGGCAGCUGGCCCAGCUUGAGCUGGGUCUCCCCUCCGUGCGAGCCGGGAGCAUGUCCCAUGGGGACGAAGGUGUGUGGAGCGGAGCAGGAGGGUGCGGAGGCGUGGGAGAAGCGAGCCGGGAGGACGGUGCCGCGUCCGUAGGUGGCAGGUGCUGUUGGGAAGCGAAGGGUGGGCAGCGAGGGGGGAAAUGGUGCGUGCGGUGUCACGGGGCAGGGACGGCCAGGGAGGCACUGUGAGAACCGGUGUGGGAGUGGGAGAGGCUGCUGUUCUGGGAAGCGGCGGUGGGGGGGGGGCUACAUCUAGACAUCCUCAAGUGCCAGCCCUUGUCGAGUGGUAGAAGGAACCUGUUGCCAUUACCUUUGGUGCUGAAUUUCACAGGAGAAGAAAAAGCCCUCCAGUCCUGUGUCUUGCUUUUAUCAGCUAAAAGCCCUCUAUUGUGCAUUAGGUUUCGGUGGAGGCUGGAUGGACGAUGUUCCCAGCCAAGCCCGUCCCUCGAAACCAGCCUACCCAUCGUUUGGAGGAGGCAGGACAUGUCUAGAGCCCCAGAGCAGCUGCCCUGGUAGUUGGCUACAGUCUGGGAAGGGGCAAUGCCCCACCGGGACGGUUACGAGGAGGCACCUCGCGAGGGAGGGAGGGAGGGAGGGACACAGCCCACGGCAGCUCCUAAUUCCUUGCUGCUUGUUGGGAUUCACGUUGCGCUGCCCCGGAGAGGGGAGGAGUGCGGAGCAGCCUUGCCAGCACUGGCUGCACCAUGGCAGCUUCGGCCGAGGCAGGGCUGUGCUCAUCCCAGCUCACCGCACACCAUCUGCUUCCUUUAGGCAAGCAAAGCAUGGUCGCCCAAGCUGGGCAAGCACGUGCCAAGCUCGGUCCCGUCCUGAUCUCUACAGUAAGUUGGGGAGGUGGAUUUGUCCUGGAUUCGCCCCUCUUUGGGUAGCUACAAGUGGCAGAGCCCAUGUCCCUCCUGGGUGCAAACCUGCCUCCUUACGCUACUGCCUGCGGAGACGUCCAUUCCCCAUCCCAUCCCUCCCUUCCCUCCGCAGAGAAACCGUCUGCCGGAGCUAACAGCACCCAGGACCCGACCUGGUUUCUCCCUUCAGGCAGGGACCCAAGUUACCAGACAUCGUUCCAACUGGAAGGCAAUAUGACCCACGCCGGGGAAUGAUUCCCAGUGUCAGUUUUGCCGUAACACAUCCUAUCUGUCUCUCCUUCGGUGGGGAAAAAAAAAAAAAAGCAACUCAGCCUGUAUUCUGUGUUUUUAUAUAUAUAUUUUAUAUAUAUAUAAAAAUAUAACUAACAUUUGAGGGAGUGAUUUUUUUUUCUCCUAAUAUUUUUUUAAAGCGUUUCUUUUUUUCUAUCUAUAAAUACUUGUACAGUUGGAAUAUUAAUAUAUAACUCUGGCAGUAGAGCUCAGUGCCAGGUGAUGCUCACUUAAAAGACGUGUAUUUUGUAUUUAAGGGACUUUUUGUUUUGUAUCAUAUGCAACCGCAACAGAUUGUUUGACUAGGAUCGGGGCGGCUCUUCCCAUCCGUGUAAUUAAUAAAGUACUAACAAUA